AUGCGCACGUGUAUCCUGGUAUCUAUUGCAGCUAUACUAUAUGCUAGCUACAACCCCGUCGUCAAUGCAACUGCGAGCGUACGCCACAUCAAGAGCAAAGAUUCUGACGCUUCCUCACUGGCUUUGCGAGCCGGUGAUACGACUAACAAAGAACAAGAUAAUGGAGAGGACAGAGUGGGUGGGACUACUAUCGCCAUGUGGGCUCAUAACUUCGAUCGUGAGAAUAUGUAG